GAGGUGCCAUGUGGAGAACGCAGAACGGACGUGCGGUGGCCCGAGCCCUGGUGCUGGCCACUCUGUGGUUGGCCGUGGCUGGGCGUCCCCUGGUUCGGCGAUCCCUGGCUCUGUCUGAUGAAGAGCCACUCAUUCUCUACGGCUGGGGCAAGAGCACCCGCCUGCAGCACCUGUACGCUGCUGGUCCCCACAUCUCCAACUGCUUCCUGAAUAUCCGGAAUGACGGCUCCGUGGACUGCGAGGACGAACAAAACGAACGAAGUUUGCUAGAGUUCCGCGCGGUCGCUCUGAAGACGAUUGCCAUCAAGGACGUCAGCAGCGUGCGGUACCUCUGCAUGAGCGCUGACGGCAAGAUACGGGGGCUGAUUCGUUACUCUGCAGAAGACUGCACCUUCACGGAGGAACUGGACUGUUUAGGCUACAACCAGUACAAAUCCCCGAAGCACCACCUCCAUAUCAUCCUCAUCAGGUCCAAAUACAGGCAAGAGCUCCAGAACAAAGGACCCUCAAAAUUUAUCCCCAUGUUCCCCCGGUCCUUCCUGGAAGCCAGGGACCAGCUGGAGUCUAAACUGUUUUCUCUGCCCCUGGAUCCCGACAGCAUGGAUCCGUUCGGGAUGGUGGAGGACAUGGAGAUGAAGAGUCCCAGCUUCCAGAAGUGA